UGGAGGCGGCUCGUUGCACCCACCGGCGCUCAGAUUCUGUGGUCAGAGUUGGUGGUCAUCUGCGGGUAGAACAUGUAGUUUGACUUCCUCCUCACUUUUUUUUGAACCAUCAUUUCAGCCGAAAUGGUGAUUUUUCGCAGGUUCCUAAGCGCCAAAUGAGACCUUGGUUGGAUUAAUUUAGAGGACGGAAGCGGAUGAUGAGAGUCGAAGGUGAACUUCAGGUGGGUUUUCGGUACUUUGCAGCAGGUCCCCCUAACCAAUCAGCCGGUCUGAGGAGAGUCUGAGGUUCCCGCUCUGAAAUGGACUCGUACGGAUCUUCGCUGGAUCGCAGCCAGUCGCUGGCCAGCGGCCUGGAGAAAACCUCGCCGACGUGGAACAAACCCACCCACUCCAGGAGCAGCAGCACUCUGUCGUCUCGUCACUCCAGACAGGUGAUCAAAGACUGGGAGGUCGUAGAAGAUGUUCAGGUAGAAUUGCACUCAGGAGGAGAACAUCCUCUGGAAAUGACGACUCCGGGAAUCUGUGAAGGAUAUCUGCUCAAGAGGAGGAAGUGGCCUCUGAAGGGCUGGCACAAGCGAUACUUCAUCUUGGAAGCAGGAAUCUUACGCUACUCCAAAAAUCAGCAAGAUGUGUUCAGAGGAAGAGUCCAGGGUUCUCUGGACGUCAGCCUCGCUGUGAUAUCGAUAAACAAGAAGUCCAACCGCAUUGACCUGGAUGCAGGAGACAUUCUCUAUCACAUGAAGGCAAAGAGCCACGAACUCUUCUACAUCUGGGUAACGAAGCUCCAAGCUCAUCGCUUAUUCAAGAAGAACGAGGCGGCUCACGUUCAGAGCGGCUUCCUGCUGUCUUUGUCCAACAACACUGUGGCUGGACCGGCUCAGAGAAACGGAGAUUUGAGCCCCGCAGUGACUUCAGAUUCAGCCGGAGCUUCAGGAGUUCUGCCUUCAGCCAACACCGCUGUGAACAGUAAAGUGUCCGCCUGGCUGCAGCAAAGCCACGAUCCGGACUCCUGUGUUCAAGAGUUGAACCGGUGUCACUUGGAUCUUUCUGAGCUAAACCGCCUAAUCCAAAGGCUGCAGGCGCUGGAGGUCGGCCAGGCUUUCACUAACGGAGAACUGCAGCGCAUCAUCAGCAUACAGAAUCUGUCGCUUGAGAAGCCGAAGAAGUCGAAGUCGGGGAAGAUGUGGGGUCACUCUCGUACAUUAUCCAGAGUGGAGGCCCUGGGAAUGCUGUCCUCCAGUCACCUGAGCAGCUCGGCCCACCUCGGAGCGUCGGUGCCCUCCAUCCCCGACUACGUCUACUCUCAGCUGUCCCCUCCCACCGUCGUGUCGCCUGAAGGCAAGAAGAUCCAGCAGGACAUCUGCGCCAUGUCGCUACGAGUGCUUACCUCCUUGAAGUCGGUGCAUGAGACGCUGUCCCAGGAGAGGCAGAAGCUGCAGGAAGUCUGGGAAUCCAACAACAUCCACCAGCCUAACACAUUAGCCGUGGUAAGAUCAGUGCUGGGUUCUCCGACACGUUUCCCCUCCGAGUUUUCUUUGUUCCUCACCGUUUCUCCUCCUCAGCCUGCAGCAGGGAGGCAUUCAGCCCACGGGCCUCCUUCAGUCGCAGAUUCAGCUGCCGAGUAUUUCGACGCCAGCGACGACAUCCUUUGUGGCAGCUCCUCUGAGAUGUCUGAGGAAUCGGGACUCAGCGAUGGAAGCACCACCAAUUCAGAGCCAGAGGAGGGACACGUAUCGGCCACCAGGAAGUACCGUGCAAGCAUUUCCAAGACUCCCAACAGUGUUGUUCCUAAAAGCACCGGCCGGAGAACAAAACUUCUGGCUCACUGUCCUGACAACAGCCAUGUAGGCCUCAUGGCUAUCCUCUACAACAACAUCGGCAAAGAUCUGGCUCGUGUAUCGAUGCCAGCGGCUCUAAAUGAGCCCGUUAACCUGCUGCAGAGGCUGUGUGAGGAGCUGGAGUACAGCGACCUGCUGGAUACCGCCAACAACACGCCAGACCCCUACCAGAGGAUGGUUUACAUUGCUGCCUUUGCCAUCUCCGGUUAUUCCACUGCGACGUUCAGAAACCGCUACAAGCCCUUCAACCCGGUUCUGGGAGAAACCUUCGAGUGCAUCAGAGAGGACCGAGGUUUCCGCCUCAUCAGUGAGCAGGUCUGCCAUCAUCCGCCCAUCUCCGCCUGCCAUGCAGACUCAGAGAACUUCUCCUUUUGGCAAGACCAGCGAUGGAAGAACAAAUUCUGGGGGAAGUCACUGGAAAUCGUGCCAACAGGGAUGGUGAACGUGACUCUUCCGAGGUAUGGAGACCACUACGAGUGGAACAAAGUAGUGACCUGCAUCCAUAACGUUCUCAGCCAGCAGCGGUAUCUGGAGCACUACGGAGAAGUCACCAUCCAAAACCUGAAAAGCAGCGUCUGCACCUGCAAGAUCACAUUCGUAAAGUCUCGUUACUGGGGCUCAGACACGAACAAGAACGAGGUGCAGGGAACGGUGCUAGACCAAAGUGGGAGCGUCAUUCACCGGUUUGGAGGUCUGUGGCAUGAAGGCAUCUUCUGUGACACCCUGCCGACUCCCAAAUGCAUCUGGAAGCCGAAUCCCCAGCCAAAGGAUUACCUGCUCUACUAUGGCUUCUCCACCUUCGCCAUGGAGCUGAAUGAGCUCACCCCAGACCUGAAGCCUCUGCUGCCCCCCACCGACAGCCGCCUGCGCCCCGACCAGAGGAUGCUGGAGGAGGGAAAAGUGGACGAGGCCGACAAAAAGAAAGAUGAGAUCGAAGAAUAUCAGAGGGAGCGGAGAAAAGAACUCACCAAGAAGGGUGAAGAUCACGUUCCUCGGUUUUUCAAGAAAGCCAAAGACGCCUGUGGACGAGACGUGUGGUUGUCCAACGGAACGUACUGGAAGCUCAGAGAGAAUCCAGGGUUCGCCAACGUUGAAAACAUAAUUCUGUGGUGACGAGAUGAGACGACAUUCCGACAUUUCGUGCGGAUGAAACCACGUGAGAGACGAAGAGAUCUGAAAUAUCAUGGGUGGAUAUUUUGGACAGCAUACAUGAACCGCUCUGACCGAGUGGAGAACGUGCUGCUGAUCUCUUCUGCGAACCCGUGACUGGAUCAUGGGAAGCUUCAGCCAGCAGAAUGAAGCAGCAACACGCCUGGUGAAGAGACGUAGAGACCACUUUAACAUUUUCUAAUGCAUUUAUUUUUCUAGGUAAUUUCAAUCUGCAUAUAUGCAUUUAUAUAUUUUUUGAAUUUCACAGUUUGCUGCCCAACACACACUGAACAUGCUGGAAGUUGAAAUGCUCUCUUUAAAAAGCUAAUUAGUGUAUUUUGUGAAAGCAUUAAAUCAAAUCAGAUUUGAUAAUACAUAGAGUUAUUUGACUGUUGGGGCAGGAUGACCAGCUGGUUUGUGAUCAUUUGAUUUACUGCAGCUUUGUUUGACAAAUAACCUUAAAGCAGGUCUUAACAUCAAAAAGAAAGUAAAAAAAUAGUGACGAACCCACAAAGUUAUCAGCUGAACCUGCAGAAGCUUUAUAGUGAGUUUUGGCUCAGUGUUUAGCGAUCUUGAAUGCAACUCUACUGUUUUACUUCACUGUUUUCAGACAAAACUUACUAAAAAGCCAGUUAGAGACUAGCUGGGGAUUGCAUCAGAGCAUUUAUCAGCUAAAAAGCCCAAUAUUUUCCUCAGGAGAUGGUGGAGACCAAAAAUGGAGCAAAAAGAGAGCGAAAAAUUGAUCCACAUACUCCAAAAACAUGAAAAAAAUGUGUUUAACAGCACAUUUCCCAUAUUAAAUUAAAAUAAGAUGUCUAUAUUGGCUCCACAGUGUGUUUCUGAUGCCUCAAAGCCUCUGCAGAAGCCUGAUGAUGAGCUGAUCAUUUGAAUCAGGUGUGUUGGAAGAGGGAAACAUCUAAAACAGGGGUGUCGAAAUCCGUUCCUGGAGGGCCACUAUCCUGCAUGUUUUAGAUGUUUCCCUCUUCCAACACAGCUGAUUCAAAUGAUCAGGCUCGUUAUCAGGCUUCUGCUAAGCUUGAUGAUAAGCUGAUCAUUUGAAUCAGGUGUGUUGGAAGAGGGAAACAUCUAAAACAUAGAGGAUAGUGGACCUCCAGGAACUGAAUUUGACACCCCUGAUCUAAAACAUGCAGGACAGUGGGUCCUGAGGAACAGGGUUGAGAACCAUUGGUCUAAAAAAGUAUUUUUUGCCGGUCUAAUGCACUAUAGUACUAUAUAGGAAUCGUGUUUUGCACUGUGCAUGGUGCAAAUGCCUGAAUAACUUUGACUUAGAUCACAUUAUCAUCACCCUGCUUCCUUGUCUACAGUUUCCAGAUGCUAAUAGCAUUUAGCUACCUGUCCAAAGGUGCUCCAGCAAUAAUCCAACCUUCUAUCUGUGGCUUUCACCCUGUAAGAACUGAAUAUGAUGCUGAACAUGACUGUUACAGUCAAUUUCUGCCUAAACAUUUUGGUCAUUGCUUACAUAGAAAACUUGAUGGUGCAACAUCUAUAAAAAGUAUAUUUUAAUGUUUUUUAAGUUUUUUUUGAUCUGUAAAAAUGUAUGAAUUAUUAACAUUCAAGCAUAGACACAUAUUUAAACAAGGAGGAGAUGAUAUAUUAUACUGUAUUUUUAUGUCAUUAAUAGUGAAACGAUCCAACAAUAGUGAAACGUUCCAGCUGGUUGGAAACGUGCAAACUGUAUUUAUACGGUGAAUUAAACUCUUAACAUCACAACUGUGUCAUUUUUUUUCCAAUGUUAUAUACACUUGGCUGCAGAUAAAGAUGAUUUAUGCAUGGUAAAAUGGCAUUUGCAAUCCAAAAAGCAAACAUACGGCAUGCUGAAAUUUGAUUUUAGUUAAAUAAAUCUCAAAGCAGUCGGGGUUUCUCAUGUGUAAGCUUUAUUUUCAUGAAUAAAAAAACAACAGUACAAUACACAUUUAUGCCACCUUCAAUAAAUAACGGUUUCUGUUUCCCCUUC